UUCUCUUAAAAAACUGAUUUUAAAGUUUGCUUGUUAUUUUGAUCAUCUUUCUUAAUACUUGGUGAUAUCUGGUAGAUCAUGAGGAAGAGUUAAUGCUGAAUUUUUAGCCUUCUAGUUAGAACUUCGUGUGCAACUGAAUUAUUCCUCAGUUGCUAUGCCUGUUCAAAUGUACUUUUUAUUUUUUAAUAUUGCUUUGUUCCUUGGGAAAAUGCCAUAAGAAAAUAGGAAGUUUCCCUUUACUGUCAUCCCUCUGGCAGUUGUUUCUUUCUAAUUCCUGGCACUCUGUCCUGGUUUCUACCCCAGCUUGUUGCUAGCAGUCUCAGUUCUGCUUUUCUGCUAAAAAGGGGAUUCCAGACAGACGAGGAAACAGUUUUCAAAUGCUGCACUGCAGGUUACAAGCAUAUUAAAUUAUUCCCCUACUGUGCAGUCUGGAAAUCGGGGAGCACUUCUCUGGUGAUGCAAUCUAUCAAGCUGCUCAAGUUGCCAGAGUAUGUGAGCUCAUGUGUUUUCUUUCCCUUCCCCCUUUUCUCUCUUUUCCCAAACCCCCUCCUUUCCCUGUUUCCCCUCCUACUCCUUUAUCCCCUCCCUCUGUGUCUCAGUCCUGCAGUAAACGGGGCUGAAGCACAUUCCUGCUUUGCAAGGCUUUCUGUUAAGGAUGUAUUGUGGCUUUUGUUUGGAUUUCAUUGUGCAAAAUUACAGCUGUUCAGAGGAGACUCAUUGCAACUCUUGCUGAAGCUUCUAAUUUUCCUCCCUUCUCUUCUGCCCCUUUCCCCUACCCUUAUAUGACCUGGAGACAUUCUCCCCAGAGUUUGCCUUACUCCCCUGGUGCUAUGUAUGUGGUGAACCUGCCACUAUGGCUGCAUCUGGAACUGGCCACACACAACUGCCCUUGGCUCUUGGCUCUUACUAUUCCAAGGAUUUAAAGAGGAACUGCACUGCAGACAAUGCACCAGAACAGCAGCAUCAGGAGCUUGGAGACUAAAGCUCCUCUGACAUUAUUAAACACACACAGAGCUGACAGCAAUGACAGCAGCUGCUCCUUGGAACUGCUGGCAGCAGCCAAGCGGCAGCAUCAAGUGAGAGAACACUCACAAGCUCAAGAUGAACUCCACCUUGGAUGGUAAUCAGAGUAGUCACCCCUUUUGCCUUUUGGCAUUUGGCUAUUUGGAAACUGUCAAUUUUUGCCUUUUAGAAGUGCUGAUUAUUAUCUUUCUAACUAUAUUGAUUGUUUCUGGCAACAUCAUUGUGAUUUUUGUAUUUCAUUGUGCACCUUUGUUGAACCACCAUACGACAAGUUACUUUAUCCAGACUAUGGCAUAUGCUGACCUCUUGGUUGGGGUAAGCUGCCUGGUCCCUUCUUUAUCACUCCUCCACUAUCCCCUUCCAGUAGAGGAGUCCUUGACUUGCCAGAUAUUUGGUUUUGUUGUAUCAGUCCUAAAGAGUGUCUCCAUGACCUCUCUAGCCUGUAUCAGCAUCGACAGAUACAUUGCCAUCACUAAACCUUUAACCUAUAAUACCCUGAUUACACCCUGGAGACUUCGCCUGUGUAUCUUACUGAUUUGGCUGUACUCUACCCUGGUCUUCCUACCUUCCUUUUUCUACUGGGGCAAACCUGGAUAUCAUGGAGAUGUGUUUCAGUGGUGUGCAGAAUCCUGGCAUACUAACUCCUACUUCACCCUGUUUAUCGUGCUGAUGUUAUAUGCCCCAGCAGCCCUCAUUGUGUGCUUCACCUAUUUCAACAUCUUCCACAUAUGUCAACAGCACACCAAGGAAAUCAGUGAAAGGCAAGCCCGUUUCAGCAGCCAGAAUGAGGAAGCAAGGGAAGUGCAAACCUGUCCGGAUAAACGUUAUGCUAUGGUCCUGUUCCGAAUCACUAGUGUAUUUUACAUCCUUUGGUUGCCAUAUAUCAUCUACUUCCUGUUGGAGAGCUCCUCUGGCCACAACAAUCGCCUUGCAUCCUUCUUGACCACCUGGCUCGCUAUUAGUAACAGUUUCUGCAACUGUGUCAUUUAUAGUCUCUCCAACAGUGUCUUCCAAAGGGGACUAAAGCAUCUCUCACAGACCAUAUGUACUUCUUGUGCAAGUCAGACCACAGCCAAGGAUCCUUACACAGUUAAGAGUAAAGGCCCCUCAAAUGGAUGCCCUGCCUAAAAUGACUCAGAUAUUGAGUCAUUCUUUGUGUAUGUGUGUGUGUGUGUAUGUGUGUGUGUUUUCCUUUAUAUCUCUUUGAAUUUCUAGUUCACUAGGAAAUCUGUUUGAGCAAUAACAAACAUCUAUUCAAAGUACCUUCUAAGUUUGCAGAAAUGAUUUUCUAAACAGUAUUUUAGAACCAGAAGAAUCAGGACGAUGAACAUAAAUUGCUCUUGGUUCCAGUUUUUGAAAUGUCAUAGAAGUGAUUCUGCUUUUCAGAUUUAAAAUGAAUAAAGCCAUAGCUCACACCCCUUUCCUGCUGGCAUGACUGAACCUUUAAAAAGUCAUCAUGUUGUCACUUUUCUGGGUUCUUUCCAGCUGUUUGGGCUUCAUGUGCAAUUUGUUUCUUUUAACUGAAUGUUAAUAUACAGUGAUGAAUUUAACAGGGUUGAAAAUACAUAUAUUUUAUAUGUGUAUAUAUAUGUAUAUGUAUGUAUUUGUAUGUUUACAUAUAUGUCAAAGUAUAACUGCACUGCAAGUUUCAACGCUGUCAUUUAAAAAGCUAAAUGUUUUAUUCUCUUGAGAUAAUUUUUAAUAGGGUGAAUAAUGUGAACACUUAAACAUUAAUUUUAGAACUCUGCAGUGAACCAUGAGGCAAAAGUGCAAUCAAAUCAUAUAAUUUAUGAAAAACUGAGCUACUUUUUGUGCCCUACUUCGUGGAGAGCUAAAAGAAAUGUGUGCAUAGAAGCCAAUCAUGUUGUAAUAUUUGUGCCUGGGCCUUUGUGUAUGUGUGUAUUGAGAAUAUUUGAAUUGAGUUGGAUUUCUCUUGUCCAGCCAAUGUGUUUUAAUAAGCUAAAAUAUUAAUUAAAUGAUAGGGUGAUCACUGCCAUUUUUAUAAUGGUGAAAAAAUAUAAAAAUGCAUCAUUAGUUUUCUGUUCUUAAUUUAUCUAAAGACUUUUGAAAUAUUAGAACAUCAGGGAGAAGGGUGUCAUAAGCAACUGAGUCAGAAGAUAUACUGUGCAUUAACUAGCUCUUUUUUAAAAUAGAAGGGAGUUAAUUUGUGUUUUCUUUGUGGCUAAAUAGUUUCAAUUAAUAUAGUAGCAGUAUAUUAUACAAGUAUAAUUCUUUUUGUAAAACAUAUUCUUAGUGCUAAGGAAACCAUAUUUGAAAAGGGACUAACCAUAUUCUGGUUAAUCAAAGCUUCUUUUAUUGCCAUGCUGUUUCUGGGAAAAUAUCCUGUAGGAUAAAGUUCUUUCCUUGGGAGCAGUCUGUUGUUUUGUUUGUUUGUUUGUUUGUUUUAAGCCAAAGUACUAACAAAAUGUAUAGCAUUUAUUAUUGUUCUAUAGAAUUAUUACUAAUUGAGAGUGGUGUGUGUCUGUGGUAGUGAUGUUUUUGUUCUUAAAAGUGAUUAUCUUUUUUAGCAAGUGAUUUAUUUUUCUUCCCAGCAGCUCUGGGCAUGAGAGUAUAUUUAUCUCUUUUCUACUGGUUUUAAUGUUUUGAAAAUCUUCAGGGGACUUAUUUGAUUUCUGCCUUUGCCUAGAUGUUGUAAUCUGAAUGUGACAGUGGCAUUCACUGAGAUGGAAGAUGGAAGAAACCCAAGGGACAUGGGUUAAGUGGAUUUCUGAAUCCAAGAAAGGAAAUGGAUGUUUAUAAAACAGAUAUGCUCCCCCCCACCAUACACACACACAUGUAUGACAGCAUUCUUACGGUUUUAGGUUUUAGGCAUAAUUUGACUUUAUGUAAGCUUUUUAAUUUUAAAUAAAUAAGUGUAAUGUAAACAUCCAAAUUUCAUGUUUGGAGUUCUUUCCAAGAGCUUGCUUGCUUGUCCUUAUAUUUAGUGCUAGAAAAUUUGAUUCUAAGCUGUUUCAAAAUUUGAACUCAUACUGAAAUUGCAAGUUAUGCUAGAAAUGGCUUUGUUAAAAUUGCUAUUUCAAGCCGAAAACCUUUUCUGCUGGGAUUCAGAAAAAAGAUUGAACACAUUUCCCCUUUAUUUUUAAGUGGUAAAGAUCUAAAAAACUAAAUUUACCUUUUUCAUCUAUGUUAGAGAUGCAGCUUUUCAAAUUUGCAGUUUCCUUGUGAAUUUUUAGCCCAAUAAAUAUGAGAAUCCUAAAGACUUUUAGUUUUUAUGGAAAACUGAUGUUAAAUCAGUAGAUUUUACUUUCUUUGGGGGCUGGGCUCUUUUAAUGUUUUCCUCCAGUAAGAGUCCAUCUUGUGAGAAUGAAAAAGACAAAAUACCUGUUUAAUUUUCAGGUAAUGGCCAACUGAGCUGGUCUUCUUUUAAUGACUAGAAAGAUGAGAACUCACUUUAAUAAGAACUUUCAUUUAUAGAUUUUCUACAUUCCUUCCCUAGUACCAGAUUCAGAUGUAAUUAGAGACAUUUUUUUUUUCACAUUGGAAUCUAUAUGAACAUCUCAGCCUAAAACGGAAGUAGGGACUAAAUAGAUAACAGUAAUUAAAUAUAUAUAAAUAUCCUGCCUCUUGCAACUGAUGCUUACUUGAUACCAGGUGUCUUUUCAGUUUAUCUUGUCUUCAUUGUGCUGUAUUAGCUCUAGGUUUCUUCCAGGUAUUAAAUCCUCCUGUUCCCACAUUCAUUGUCUAUAAUACCUUUUAAUUUUUAUUUUUGGCGUAUAUGUUAUGCUGGGAGGUGGCAAUGGCAGAGAGUUAUACGGGCUCCUGUGGCUAGGGGCAGUUUCAUUGUGAUACAUUUUAAAAGUUUGUGUUUUCUGUUUAAGUAAAAUUUUCAUCCUGGCAUAUUUAAUGUAACAUCUGAUGAUGUUUGGCUUACAUGCCAUUCUGACUACUUCAGAAUGAGGAAAAAAAGGUAUUUUUAGACUCAGUUACCUUGGGCGUUGGCAGAAUGUCUCAUUUAACUUUAUAUGGUACAUGACUGAUGUCAGAGGAGACAAGCUUUUGGUGAUUGUGUUGAAAUUAUUUCAUACAAAUUUUGAAAUAAGAUUAUAUCAUUUGUUGCAUUUUUUAGAGAGAGUGUGUGUGUGUGUGUGUAAAAUGAUUUCAAUGAAGAUGUUUUUCUUCUUUAAGGAGAAAGGACAAGUGUUCCACUUUGGUGAAACUACUGUCUUACACCAGAAUGAGUAUUUGAAUUUUGGAGAAAUUUUGCAUUUGGGAAAAAGGUUUUCUUUAAGCUUUAUUGCUGGAUAAAUUCUUUUUGAACCGUUUAUAAAGGCUGUUCUUUUUUACUUGAAUAAUGGUCUCAGAAGUUUAAGGAUUUGGAAAACUUGAAUUUUUGUAGAAUAAAUCCAUUGUAUUGUAUUCCACAUUGUAUUGUAGAAUAAAUACUCUUUGAACUUGAAAACUAAGCGGCAGGUAUACAAGCCUCCCAGAUAGCAGAAUAGUUUCUCUGAGGGUUUCCUCAGCUUUUCAGGUUUAAUUGAAAAUCUGCACAGUGGCUUUGUAGGAAAUGUCUUCAUUUCACUGAUGAUGUGUUUUUGUAUGAGAAGAGAUUUGUGAACUAAAUUAUUGAUAAUUCAGAAUUUAUUGUUGUGAGCAGAUUUGGGGAAGUUUAAGGAUAGAGAAUUGUGACACUGAGUUUUUUUUGUCUUCAUAAAUCAUUUUAUGUGAUUUUUGCAUAAUUUUUCCAUUUUAGGUUGAAGAAGUAUUUAUAAUGAAUGUACAUAUUAUUAAUAUAUUUGCAGACCCUGAUAAUAGUCUAGAAAUUUAUUACGACUGUAAAUGAGUUAUUCAGCUUUUCUUCAAAAUUUGUGUGACA